UCAUGGAACCGUUACCCACCAAACAAUGGCGAGCCGCCUCCGUCUUUUCUCCGCCGCUGCGCUACUCCUCGUGGCCGUCCUCACUGCCUCGGCUGACGACGCGCACGACGCGCUCCAGGCCUUUGGGCUCCCCAAGGGGCUCCUUCCAGACUCGGUGUCGAGUUUCUCGCUCGCCGAGAAUGGCAAGUUCGUGGUGGAGCUCAGGGCGCCGUGCUACGUCAAGUUCACCGACCUCGUCCACUACGGGAAGACCAUCCGGGGUCAGAUCCGCUACGGCAUCAUCUCCGACCUUUCCGGGAUCCAGAUUAAGAAGUCCUUCGUCUGGCUUUCCAUCUCCGAUAUCGUGGCCCGCCCCGCCGAUGGCACCAUCGAGUUUAUUGUGGGCUUCCUCUCGGAGUUGCGUCCUGCGACGCUGUUCGAGAGCGUCCCGCAUUGCAGGGUCAAUGCCUCCCCUCGUGGCGUGUUCUCACCGGAGGAGUUGCUCCCGCUCCCGGUUUCGGAGCAUCACAAGCAGAUUUACUAGCGCCAGGUUAUGAGAUAUCUGAAGGCCAGACUCUCCAGUAUGUGAAACAUCAAAAAGGGCAGAACACCACAAUUCCAUUAUAUCUGGAAUGCUGAAAGCAAGCUGGUAUCAACAAGACAGACUGCAAAUGCUUUGAUUCUCUUUUCUUUUUCCUGUAGUUUCCUUUUAUGUGUAAUAUGGACUGGAAUCAUGUUGGAUGCAUGAGACUGUGAAAUGUUGGAAGAGAUAAUAAUAUUUGGGUGAGACAGAGAUAUGAUUGAGAAAAGUUAAGAGUCUAA